GACUUGUGUUUGAUUGACACUUUUGUUAUCAAACCAGAGAUCAGCGUUUGCCCUUUCUAACCAAUAUUAAAGUUUCUUGGGAGGACCCGUCGAUAAGAAGGCGAGGUUUAAUGAGGCUCCAUUGGGUUGUAAUCAGUGUCAUGUCGGAUUCAUGUAAACUACAACAUUGUAACAAAAUGGCGUCUGUUUAGUAACGCGGCGACCGGGCAGCGCAGUCACCUGUCCUCCUGAAGCAGCGUGCGGAGUUCCCGGGCGAGGUUUCCCCUCGCGUGAAGUUUGCAAGGAUUUUGCAAGGAAAUAAUUUGCCUGGAUUUACUAAGUUCUCUUUUGGAAAUUUCGAGGAAAUGUAGACACAGUCUGGCAUAAGGAGUUCUGUCAGUGAUCUUGCACACCAUGGUGUAUUGAUGGCUGACUUUUGCUUGUGGAUGCAUAUUGUUUGCUCAUAAAAAGAAGGAAUGUAUUCAUGGAUUAUGCCUUAAUACACCAAAUAAUUUCACCAUGGUGAAACUGGCCAAUCCCCUGUACACAGAGUGGAUUCUUGAGGCUAUUCAGAAGAUCAAAAGGCAGAAGCAGCGGCCUUCGGAGGAGCGAAUCUGCCACGCUGUAUCAACUUUGCACGGACUAGACAAGAGUACCGUACUGCUGCAGUUGGAGCUAGCUGUAAAGGAUGGAUCCAUCCUUAAGGUCACUAGCAAAGGCUGCGCUUCGUACAAAGACCCGGAUAACCCAGGAAGAAUUGCAGCAAUCAGGGUUGGAGGCCCGGUUUCCUCGCCGGUAGGAUCUGUGGUACCUGCAGGAGAUCUGCGACAUCUGGAUUGGAAUAAGGUCCUCAGGAGGGCUAUUGAGGGCCUGGGUGUGCCUGCUGGGUCCUCUCUGAGGAACAUCGAGCGCUUUCUAAGGAGCCAGGACGACCUAGCGAAUGUGGUGGCUAACCCCAGGUUUCAGCAGAGGCUGAGGCUGGCUGCUAAGCGUGCUGUGAAUAACGGGAGAUUGCUAAAGGAUGGGCCACUGUACAGAAUGAGAAAUGGCAGUGUAGGCAUAAAGACCGGCUUCAGGAGCAGCAUCGGAUUGGCACUGGACCUUCCACCUGUAACGCUUCUACCACACGAGAGAGAUCAGCCUCGUGCCGACCCGAUACCUAUAUGCAGCUUCUGUUUGGGCACAAAGGAGUCUAAUCGAGAUAAGACACCAGAAGAACUGCUGUCAUGUGCAGACUGUGGGAGCAGUGGCCAUCCAUCUUGUCUGAAGUUUUCAGCUGAUUUGACAGCAAACGUGAAGGCAUUACGGUGGCAAUGUAUCGAAUGUAAAACAUGCAGUUCCUGUCAAGUUCAGGGGAAAAAUGCUGAUGAGAUGCUGUUCUGUGACUCCUGUGAUCGGGGGUUUCACAUGGAGUGUUGUGACCCACCACUCUCCAGAAUGCCAAAAGGAAUGUGGAUCUGCCAAGUAUGCAGGCCAAAGGAGCAGGAGGAAAAACGACUGCUGCACAAAACAGCAGCCCAGAUCAGGAGGCGAUAUGCAAAGCCAGGAAGGCCGAGGAAAAAUCUCGCACAUCAAAUAAUGCCUGAAAGGAGUGCUGCUCGAACCCUUGAGCUGUGUGAAAGAGAGGAACAUGGUCAGGGUCAUAAAAUUUCAGCCUGCACUUCACCCACAUCCAGCACCAUCUCGUACAGCGCAGACAUGCAGACCCGCUUGAGCGGCCUCGGCCUUCCCCUUACAUCCACCCCAGCUUCUCUCACUUCAUCCACGCUGCCUUCAUACAACAAGAAAACCAAAAGUCUCAUCGAUGGCCUCUCAAGAUUUUUCACACCCUCUCCCUUGGGCCGACGCAUGCGUGCUGAAGCUUCUACGUCUUCUGAACCACAUAGGCCUAACAAACGGACUUACCGGAAACGCCUGUGCGAGCCUCAUUCCAUCUCAGCCAUGACGGGCACUAGCCAAAGGAUAACUGCCCUGUGUUGUGCACUCACUACGCCCUGCUCUUUGUCAGGACACAGUCCAACAUCGGUGAAUCCCAGUCAGUCCGAUUCUCCACAGAGCUCCUCGUCCCAGUCUAGCGGCCCCUCACUCAGCAGUCUUGCAAGCAGCAGCCAGCUGAAGGGACUAUUCGAUGGACUGUCUCACAUCUACGCAACUCAGGGACAGUCCCGGCAGAAGGGACUGCCCAGCUAUGCACCACCUAAACGAGGCCAAUGCACCAGGGACGCUUCCUCCGCACCUACAUCGCCUUUGGAGAUCCAUGGUAAUAAGCCCAUUGAAGGGUUCAGUAGCAAACUAUCAUCUGUGUCCUGCUCAGACUCGGCCUGGCCACCUAAAAGAGGAAGGCCCUUUAAGGCAGCACUUCACUUUAAGCGAGCCCCCUUCCUGAAGAAGCACAGGCUCUUAGGCAGGUUUAGGUAUAAGGCAUCCCCACAAAGGGGCGGCCCCAUGCCCGGGAGGAACAGCCUGCCGCAUGGACGAAACCACGGCACAUGGUCCGACCAAAAUCGUGUUUUAAAUUCUUUGAGAUGCCUAAAAAGAGAAGUUCAUGAAACGAGGUUACCUUUGUCCAAUGACCAAGUAACUGAGGAGGACAUGAAGAUGUUCAAGCAUACCCAGGAGCUCACCACAAACAGGACUGAAAUCAUAAGCGGUGAUCACGGACCAUCACUCAUAGAAUUUGGGAAAUAUGAAAUACAGACAUGGUACUCUUCACCUUAUCCUCCAGAAUACUUGAGGUUCUCACGUUUCCUCAGAUUACAGAAGCUGUAUCUCUGUGAGUUCUGUCUAAAAUACAUGAAAAGCCAGGACAUUCUGCAAAGACAUUCAAAAAAGUGUGGCUGGUUUCACCCACCAGCUAAUGAGAUCUACAGAAAAGAUAACCUUUCUGUCUUUGAGGUUGACGGAAAUGUAAGCAAAAUUUUCUGCCAAAACCUCUGUCUGCUAGCGAAGCUUUUUCUUGACCACAAGACCCUCUACUACGAUGUGGAGCCUUUCCUUUUCUAUGUUUUAACCCAGAAUGAUGAAAAAGGUUGCCAUCUUAUAGGUUACUUCUCAAAGGAAAAGCUUUGCCAGCAGAAGUACAAUGUCUCCUGCAUAAUGAUCAUGCCCCAGUACCAAAGGCAAGGAUUUGGGAGGUUCCUCAUUGAUUUCAGUUACUUACUCUCCAGGAGGGAGGGCCAGGCCGGUUCCCCGGAGAAGCCUCUAUCAGAUCUGGGUCGUCUGUCCUACUUGGCGUAUUGGAAAAGUGUCAUACUGGAGUACCUGCACAAUCACCCGGAUAAGAGUGUGAGCAUCAGGGGAAUAAGCAAAGCCACAGGCAUGUGUCCACAUGACAUUGCCACCACACUCCAGCAGCUCAACAUGAUUGAUGUGCAGGAUGGCAGAUUUUUAAUCAUUCGGAAGCAUCAGACCAUCCAGAAGCACAUGUCCAGGCUUCGAGAGAAACCCCGUCUUUAUGAGGUUGACCCUGACUUUCUGGUCUGGACUCCUGCUAAAUCAGUCUACAGAAAAACCUCAGAGAGCCAUCAUAGGAUAAGAGCAGAGAAAGCAAAUCUUGCGGUAUGCAGUGACUUAACCGCUGAGAAGCGAGCACGAAUGAUGGGCAGCAGAAUACCUCCUCUUACCAAGAGUAAUAACUACGCCAGACGUAACCCGGAGCAAAUACUGACUAGCGCCAGUGAAAAGGAUUUGAACGUCAGUGACGAUAGCAGCAGUGAUGAUACUUCAGUCCUUUCCCAGUCUGCACCUGGGCUCAAGCGAAAGAGAGCAGGCCCUCUGCGGAGAAAAAGAGGCAGAAGGAGAGUGCGCAUCAACAGCAGCGUCACCACAGAAACCAUCUCGGAAAGAACGGAGGUGCUGGAUGAGCCUUUUGAAAACUCUGACGUGGAAAGCCCUGCGCCACAGCUAGGCCAUUCCUUCAGGCACGAGGAAAGUGAGGAGGAAGAGGAGGAGAGCAACUUAAGAAGAGUUGUGCGCAGGCCUGGUAGACCAAGAAAGAAGGAAAGACGAGAUGACAAUCAUUCUAAUCAACAGGAGGGAGAGCAAGUUGAAGAUGCUGUGAAAAAGGACAAUCCUCGGCCUAUUAAGCGGAAAAAAGGCUGGCCCAAAGGAGUUAAGAGAGGGCCUCCUAAAUGGAGGCUAAAGAAAGAGCGAAAGAUGGGAUUUAAGCUCAACCUCUACACACCACCUGAGACGCCUAUGGUCAGUGUAGAGCAAGAACCAGAGGAGGAGCAGGUGGACAGUCCUGUUUCUGUUCCUGAAGGCUCAGAGUCUGCGUUUUUAAAUGAACCAGAAUCUGUGAAGCCAGAGAUGCACUUGGACACCUUGAUCAUGGAGCCACAAGAACCCAGUGAAGAAGACAAGGACUGUGAGCCUACAGAUAAACCUAAUUCUAUGGCUGUUUCUCCUUGUGAGGCAGUGAGCCAGGAAACCACAUUAGGUCCUGUGAACUGUAAUGAACAGUUCCCUGAAAGUACAGAACAGCAAAGGUGCCAGGAACUAGAUGAGGAACAUAAAUGUAGUGAGUCCCAGGCCCCUGAUGAACGUGAUGAUGAGGAAGAAGAGGAUGAUGAACUAGAACCAUCUCAUGUGGAAGAUCAUGAUGCAGAUGAUGAGGAUGAUGGCCACGUGGAUUCUGGUGAAGUGAGGAAGGAGGAUCCUACACCAUUACUGGAGAAAGAGUCUCUGGAUAACUCUGAUCCAAAGCCAAACUCUUGCAGUGAUGAUGAUGAUAAGGAAGAGGAUCCUCCUGUGCAGUCUUCUGGAGAGCUGGUCCCGGACAGCGGUUUAGUUGGCAUCGACACACAGGAUAACCCUGAGGACUCUGACCAUCAGCCUGACUCAGAAUCAGAUGAGGAGGAAGAGGAGAACAUUCAGAAUGUUGACCAAAAAGAUGCUGGUCCUUUGACACCUGCCAUUAAGGAAGACCACAGUAUUUGUCCCGAGAUUGACAUGGAAACCGCCCAAGCGGUUCAAUCCUUAACGCAGGAGGCUGAGCAAGAAAGGCACUUUCAGGACUGUGUAGAGACCCAGGAGGCAUGCCGCAGUCUGCAGAGAUAUGUGCAUGUUGACCAGAGUCCUCAAAUGACUCCAGUCGAUGACUGCCAGCACUCAGACCACAGCAGUCCACUGUCCUCUGUACACUCUCACCCGAGCCAAUCGGUGCGGUCUGUUAACAGCCCAGCGGUGUCCAUUCUGGAGAACAGUUACACUCAGAUCAGCCCAGAUCAGGGCGCAAUCUCUGUGCACUCCUUACAUAAUAACAUGGAGACAAGCCCAAUGAUGGAUGUCCCUUCUGUGUCUGACCACUCACAGCAGGUAGUGGACAGCGGCUUCAGUGACCUCGGGAGCAUCGAAAGCACGACAGAGAACUAUGAGAAUCCUAGCAGCUAUGACUCCACACUAGGUGGCAGCAUUUGUGGCACAGCAGCUAGCGCUGGUGCCUCUUCCCAAAGCAGCUGUUCCUAUGGCAACCUUUCCUCUGGUGGUAGCCAUGGCCAGAGCAGCUGUGCUGUGUCUCAGCAGAUGGCCGGCCCUGUGGUGAACAAUACUGCUGCUUGCAGCAUGCUCCAGCUGAACAGCAUGAGCUCACCACAGGGCUGCAGCGUCAAAUCCCCACAAGGCUGUGUACCAGAGAGGCAGCCUGGACACGGGCAUGGACAUGGCCCUGGGCACGGGCAUGGGCAUGUAUACAAUCAUGGCCAUCACCACCAACACCACCCGCACCAACACCAUCAGCAUCAGCACCACCAGCAGCCCCUAUCUCACUGCUCUAUGCCUGGUAGCUUCCCUCCUCCCAUGCAACUCUCUGACCUCCCCGAGUCAAACAACCCCUCCACCAAUCUGGGACUGUAUGAGAGGAUGGGCCAGGGUGAGUAUGGGGGUGGGCACUAUGCACAGCCCUCAGCUACUUUUAGCCUGGCCAAGCUCCAGCAACUUACCAAUACUCUCAUGGACCAUCCUCUGCCUUUUAGCCACUCUGCAUCACAUCCUAUCACGUCUUACACCAACAACAACGGGUCUUUGUCUUCACAGCUCGGCCCUCACAACCCCACACUGGUGCCUCUGUCCCAGCCUCCACACAGUGUCGCAAGCGGAGGCCCCCAGACACAGGCCACCAUGACCCCACCCCCUAACAUGACUCCUCCACCUAUGAUGGUGCAGCGCAACAUGGGCACACCUAACAUGAACUUGCCCCCGUCCCAAAGACUGCAAACACAAAUUGCACCCAAGAAUCACCACCAUCAUCACGUGUCCAUUCGCUCUAAAUCGGCACCCCUUACUCACCACCAGCAGCAGAUGUACGGCAGGAGUCCACAGGCCGUAACCAUGCAGGCUCCAAGCAGGACACUCGCCAUGGCACCUCGCAUGAACAUGGGUGUUAACCUCAUGCCUGCGCCAGGUUACAACGUCAAUUCGAUGAACGUAAAUAUGGCGCCGCUGAACGCAAUGAACACGUACAGAGUGACCCAGCCCAUGAUGAAUGGGAGUUACCAUGGCAGCACAACAUAUAUGAACCAAUCUCCGCAGUACUCUAUGCAGAUGGGCAUGAUGGGUACUCAGCCUUACUCACAGCAGCCCAUGCAGGCUCCUCCCCAUGGCAAUAUGAUGUACAGUCCAGCGGGUCACCAUGGUUACGUGAACACUGGCAUGUCCAAACAACCCUUAAACGGGCCCUAUAUGAGACGAUAAUCGCUAAUGACCCCCGUCCCGCAAAGGGUUAGGAAAUGAAAGUCAGCUUGAUGACUUGAGGUAGUUUUUUUUGUUUGUUUGUUUGUUUGUUUGUUUUUGGUUCAUUUUUAAUAUUAUUGUUCGCUUUUUAUGGAUUUUCUUUUUUUUUUUUUUU